AUGAGUCGUUUUCUGGACGCAAACGAAGAGCCAAGUCAAACACUACUUCCUAUUGCAGGGUAUGAGAAAGAAGAGUUGGUUUCACUUGAAGAAGCUGUUCGACCGAUCACAACCUUACUCUAUGAUCUAGAUACAAAGGUAUAUAUUGCAAAACGAAAUUCACAAAAGCCUGCAGACGGUCUUACUUGCAAUCAGUCGGCUGCUAUUAAUCUUUAUACGAUUGAAUGGGAAGAACCUCAUGAUAGUUUAUAUACUAUUCUUAAUCGAACACUUCGUUCUUCAGAAAGAAAGGCACUCAAACCCUGGUUUUCCUAUCUAAAACUUUUUCUCACCGCUUUAUAUAAAUUACCGUCUACAAAAGGCGUUAUAUGGCGCGGUAUUCGAGAUGAUGUAUACGAUCAAUACAACAUCGAUCAAGUAUGGUGGGGUGUGAGUUCAUGUACGGCAACAAUGCAAGUUAUGGAACAAUUUGUUGGUCGUUCUGGUGUGCGUACCUUGUUUACUAUUGAAUGUAUUUCAGGCAAAGCCAUUGGAGCACAUUCGUUUUACAAAAAUGAAAACGAAAUUGUUCUUAUGCCUGGUACAUAUCUUCGUGUUGUAGCCAAAUGGAGCCCCAGUGAAAACUUGUAUAUGAUUCAUUUACGUGAGGAAAAUCCACCAUGUCAAUUUAUUGCACCUCCAUUUAUCAAAGAGUCUAGUCAGACUAAUGAAACAAGUUUCAAUAAAGACUUGGAACAUUCAGAAUAUCGACCACGUUCAAUCAAUUUUGCUGGCAGAAAGCUAACUGAUACAGAUGUUGAGAAGAUUGUAAAAGACAAAACCAUUAAAAAUCAUUGUACACAAUUGAACCUAUCAGGAAAUAACUUGACAUGGUAUGGAUGUUGGGCCAUUGGUAAUUCAUUACGCACUAAUACAGCACUCAUUCAAUUAGAUCUUACAUCAAAUAAAAUAACUGAAAAAGGAAUACAAUAUUUAACUGAUGCAUUGCGAAGUAAUAAGACUCUUAUGCAAUUAGAUCUUGGUUCGAACAAAAUAACAGAGAAAGGAGGAUUAUACUUAUCUGAUGCUUUGCGAAAUAAUAGAACACUUAUUCGUCUUGAUCUUAAUAGUAAUCAAAUAGCUGACAAAGGAUUGAAAUAUAUUGCUGAUGGAUUACGAACUAAUACAAAUCUUACUGAGCUUAAUCUUUGGUGCAAUCCUCUAAUGGAUGAAGGAAUACACUAUUUAGCUAAUGUAUUGGCAGAUAGCAGGACAAUUACUAAACUAGGUCUUGAACGAAGUGAAAUCACGGAACAAGGUAUAAAACAUCUAACUUGUGCAUUAUAUAGUAAUACAAGCCUCACUCAACUUAGUCUCUGGGGCAAUCAAAUAGGAGAUAAAGGUGCACAAUAUUUGGCUGAAAGUUUGUUCAUUAACAAGACGCUCACUCAUUUAGAUCUUGGCAAGAAUGAACUUACACAUGAUGGAGCACAGAAACUAGCUGAUGCUUUACGAAGUAACAGGACACUUACUCGCUUGGAACUUGAAUGGAAUCAAAUUAAACGAGAGGGAGCAGAAUUUUUGGCCGAUGCCUUACAAUUUAACCAGAUACUUAUUCGUUUGAACGUGUCGAACAAUCAAAUUACAGAAGAAGGGCAACAGUGGCUUAUUAAUACAUUGCAAAAUAAUAUGGUGAGAAACGUUGUAUCUCAAUGUGUCCAUCUCUAA